AUGGCUGCACCGCCAAAUAGCAGGCUUCAAAGCAUGUUAAGGGCUGCAGUUCAAUCAGUUCAGUGGACUUACAGCCUCUUCUGGCAACUUUGUCCUCAACAAGGGAUUUUGACGUGGGGUGAUGGAUACUACAAUGGAGCAAUUAAGACUAGGAAGACAGUUCAAGCAAUGGAAGUUAGCACUGAGGAAGCGUCUCUGCAAAGAAGCGAACAACUUCGAGAGUUAUAUGAAUCUUUGUCUGCUGGAGAAACAAACCCGCAAACUCGAAGACCAUGUGCUUCUUUGUCUCCUGAGGAUCUAACGGAAUCAGAAUGGUUCUAUCUGUUGUGUGUCUCUUUCUCCUUUCAUCCUGGUGUCGGAUCACGACGCUUGACUACAUUGUUGCCCGGAACAGCAUAUGCCAGGAGGCAGCAUCUAUGGCUCACUGGUGCAAACGAAGUAGACAGCAAAACAUUUUCCAGAGCUAUUCUUGCCAAGACAGUGGUGUGCAUUCCUGUGUUGGAGGGCGUGGUUGAGUUGGGCACAACCGACAAGAUGGAAGAAGACCUAAAUUUCAUCCAACACAUAAAGAGUUUCUUCAUAGAUCAGCACUCUCCGACGGCAAAGCCUGCACUGUCAGAGCACUCCACCUCCAAUCCCACUUCUUCUUCAUACCCUGUUGUCGUCACUGCCACUGCUGCACCGCCCAGCAAUAUUCCCAACCAAAACGACAUGAACGUGGUUGAUAAAGGAGAAGAAGUUAAGUUGAAUUCCGAACCAGGAUUGGUAGUUCGUAACAGUUUCUUACCGACCGAACUAAUGGAGCUGGACACGUUAGAGGGGUUUCGGGUCGGGUCUCCCGGAGAUGGCUCCAACCACUUGGAUUCCUUCCCCACGGAGGAAUCCAUGGCACUGUGUUCUGCAGGCUUGGAACUUCUUCAGCUUCAACUACCACCACAACCUCCAGGAAUAUCAUUGAGAAAGUUUGAUCUGGGGUGCCUUAAAGAAGAGGAUUUGAACUAUAUUACCCUCAAAAUCUCACCCACAUCGCACUGUGGUGCGUUUCGCACUCAAGAAAACCAUUCUUCCCUUUCGAUCUGUGCCCCAAUAUGCUCAUUGAAACAUCCUCCCUCAGAAAACAUAGCACAAGGCGAGACAGACACCCACUACUCGCAGACAGUAUCCAGCAUCCUACAAAAGAACUCCGGGUGGUGGCCGGAAUCACCCUCCGUCAACCACCUCACUGAUUCCUUCCAAUCAGCUUUCAAUAAAUGGAACUCCGGCACCGACGACUACCACGGCCACUUCCACAUGACGGUGGCGGACGUCACCUCUCAGUGGCUCCUCAAGUACAUUCUCUUCAGCGUUCCUUACCUGCACGCCAACCGGCUAAAGGGAAAAGGAGCCGCGCAAUACGAGACCAGCCACGUUAUGGCGGAGCGCCGCCGGAGGGAGAAGCUGAAUGAGAGGUUUCUCAUUUUGCGUUCGUUGGUGCCUUUUGUAACCAGAAUGGACAAAGCAUCGAUUCUGGGUGACACCAUUGAAUACAUAAAACAGCUGCGGGAGAAGAUUGAGAGCUUGGAGAGACAUGAGCGGCAUGCGGGGAAGAGGAGGGCGAGGGAGGUGGAGGUUUCAAUCAUAGAGAGCGAUGCACUGUUGGAGAUGGAGUGUGUGCAUAGGGAAGGGUUGUUGCUGGAUGUGAUGACAUUGUUGAGGGAGUUAGGGGUGGAAGUAAUGAUGGUGCAGUCGUGGGUUAAGGAUGAUGGAGUGUUUGUGGCGGAGAUGAGGGCCAAGGUCAAAGAAAAUGGUGACGGGAAAAAGGCAAGUAUUGUGGAGGUGAAGAAUGCCCUAAACCAUAUUGUACCCCAUCAUAUUCCCCACCAUGAUCCAUACACACUGCCUUCCAAUGAUCAUUUUUAA